AUGAUCACCAAUAGGCGUAUUUUAAAAUCUUUUGAGGAGAUAAACCAUUCCUUAGAGGAGUCUUUACAGGAUGUUACAUUUGACUUACAACAACAAUUAGUUCAAGAUGACAAUAAAGAAAAUGGAGAGCUAGCAAAACUGCAAGACCAAUUGCAACAGGUCAGGUCUAUUGUUGAGAAAGUUUGCGUUUCGAUUAAGAGCGACGAUGUUGAAUCCUACUGCUCAAUAUCUUUUGAUUCGUUAUACAAUAUAUGCAAAGACAUUGCAGAUCCUUCGUCCUUUGAAGAUGGGGAUUUGCAAUAUCUUGUGAGUCAAGCCAUAUUUGAAUACGUCAUCUUAUUGUGUUACUAUUCAGUAACCAAUGAAUGUGUCCAAGGUUUACCAGCCGUGUACGAAGCCGAACAAUACUAUAAGACGAUUAGUGAUUCAACAUUAAGAUCAUUACUUUAUUGUUUACAAAAUUCAGUGUCAACUUUACGAAGUUUAUUUCAAGAUGUUCAAAAGAAAAUAUAUAGGAAAAAUCAGCUACACCAAACAUGGUCACUACGAGCUUUAUUGUUAGAUUUAUUAGAAGAGGUACGUCCAACAAUAAAUAAGUUUAUGGUAGUUCGAAACUUUAGAUUUGUUGGGUUGCCAAAGAAACCGCUUGAAAUAGCUUCAUUUGCUUCCGACAUUCCGCGCGGCGUAGUUCAUGAAAGGCUAGAUAUAAUCAAUCGGUCAUCAAAGAACUAUACUAUCAAACUGGGCCAUUUGAUUGCCGAAUUUGCUCAACCGGCAGACGCAGAUGACAAACUGCAACUACCAAACUACGAAAGACGUCUACAAUCUUUGCAGAGCUUCUUUGGGUUAUCGGCGUCUGACACAAAUUUAACAGAUAUCGUACAACGUUCAGCUAAGUUUCAUAGAGAUCAUCCGCUGAAAAAGUUCACCAAACCAAGCAUAUUGACCAGAUACUGGCCUUCGAUGUUGUUAUGUCUUUUGUAUGGUCCGUCAUCGAUUAUGACUAUAUGGAAUUCUCGUUACGUUAUUCAAGACUUCAUUAGAAAUAAUGUUGUUGAUUUUGCCAAGGGACUGGUAUUGAAUUGGUUAUGGACUCCUCUAAAACAAGUUUGGUCCACUGUGAGACAUGAUGAAGGAAGUGCCAUUUCAGUCACAUCACAAGAAACUUUAAACUCUGAUAUGGAUUCUCUGACUAGAAUGAUUGUUAGCUUUGUUGUAGAUAAUAGUAACUCGGCUUCCGAUCAAACCAUAGACCCUAUUCUGUUAAGCAGCAAAGUAGAACACGGUGAUUUGACAGAAUUCAUGGAAAUUUAUGAAUCACAAUUGCACCAUCCAAUUAAAAAUAUAGCCACAGGUGGUCUAGUAAGAUCAUUAUUGAUUCAACUACAAAAAACAAAAGUGGAUGGGUCUAUGGCGUUGAAUGGCAUUGAUAAAAUGUUAAAGUCACAACAGUUAGUAUUUGGAGUCGUAGCAUUAUCCCCAGCUCUAGUAAUACUGUAUUCAGUUACUGUGGCAUUGAAAAGAUUCAUUAAGUUGGGCAACAUAUGGUCCAAUGUAAAACGUUACAAAGAACAAAUCAGCAUAAGUUUAAAUAACGUGGAAAGGAUUUUGAAUUACUCUGACCAAGGAGCAGACUCCAAUGAAGAGCAUUUAAACCAAGGGCUAUUAGUGAUAGAGGUCUCCAAUUUAUAUAAAUUGGGAAGUUACUUAAUUCCACAUUCAAGAAGGAAGGAGUGGUUCAGAGAUGUGGAAGAGUUGGUGGAUACUGACCUUGACUCCAAAGCUCACCUUAAUGUCGUUGACAGAAUAUACCAUGUCUACGGUAGAUUUUUGAUUUAUUAA